CACUUCGGAAGUUUAUUUCAUAUUUAAUAUACUCAUAGUUUACUCGAAAAAAUUAUUAAAGAUAUCUGAAUUUCACUAUCGUUUAAAAUAUGUGGAAAUUCUCGUGGGUUUUACUUAUACUUACGACACUUUUGCCUCGCUCUAACGCGAGCCUACGGGAUAAUGUUCAGAAAGUUAACGAAAACCACUUGAGUUUGGAUACUAUUUUGGAUUACAGCACUAUACUUUUCCCAUUGACUACUGUGAGUAGCACAAAUCUGGUGAGCAAACAAUGUGACCUGAACAUGCAAAAGCUGCGACGCGGCAUACUAGCGCGCGAAGCUUGGGCGCUUAAAGCGCUUGACGCCUCCGGCUCCAAACCGCCCGCUUUCAUAUUUGGUGACAAUUUUUGGCUGGGCAAUCAGGAGCUCUGUGAGGCGGCGCGUAACGGCCUAAACUUGGACAUUUCACGCUAUAUCAAGCACAAAAUGAAUGUGUCAUUAUUAGCAGCCAGAUCGCCAUUGGAUGUGGAUUAUCGUGUGGUUUUUCUGGAUCAUGAUUCACCUUAUCAAGUGGACGCAGUAUUUGGACAAUAUCAACCUGUCCUGCAUAUCGGUUUGUGUGUGCCUCAGGUGUGUAGCACUCAGGAAGUGAUGCAGCUGUUCAAUGCCUAUUUGGAAAGCGAUUUAUUCGUAGAUAAUGACCUCUAUGAACUCAAGCCGCGUGUUUUGCAUGCAAAGGCAAUUAAAUUGGAGGGCGCGCGCUACUACAAACUAAUACCCUUUCAACUGCUCGCCGGUUUCGUCAUCUGUACGCUGCUACUGACUUUUUGCGCUUUUCGUUUGCGUAGUCGGCAAACUAAAAUGAAAAAUAUGAUACAGAAAGGUGAAAAUUUGCAAAAUUCAAAUGAGAAUGCAACAGCAUCACAAACCUCACUGGAGGCUUUUAUUCAAUGCUAUGAUUUGCAGCUGAAUUGGUCGAAGAUCGCAACUGUGCCCGAUUCCUCAGCGAACCAGCUUAGUUUCCUGAAUGGCGCACGCAUAGUAAGCGUUCUAGUUUCAAUUUAUUUUCAUGCUUUCGUACUAAUGCAUGACUUGGCCAGUAAUGCAGCACCACUUUUUGCGUAUACGAAUAACAUUGGCAAUGUGGAUGUGGCCAUGGAUGUGUUUUUGUUUCUUAGCGGAUUCCUACAGGCCUACAGUGUUUUACAUAAGAAGAAACAAAUUGAACGUAUCCGGCAGUCCAGUUUCAUCCAAAACAUUAAGGAAAUCGUGAAGAUUGUAUCUCGUCGCUAUCUCAGAUUGGCUCCUCUCUACUACGUCAUGAUCUGUGCCUCAUAUUUAACACUUCAGUACUUGGACAAUACACGGGGCUUCUACCUAACCGGUGUUAUGGCGGAAAAAUGUGAGCACUACUGGUGGCGCAACGUGCUGUUCAUACACAAUUUGUUCGAACACAGAGAGAUGUGCCUGGUAUGGACUUGGUAUUUGUCAUGCGAAAUGCAGUACUCAAUUGUUCUCACAAUACUUUUGACUAUUCAUGCUAAAAAACCAAGAUUCACUAAAAUGUCGGUUUUGAUGAUCAUAAUUGGAUCUUUGAUAUACCAAACUAUUAUGAGCAUCCACCUGAAUUACCAGAUUUCCUUAGAGACAACAUUCACUCACUUUAAAACGGUUUAUAUGCAUCCACUUUCUCGCAUCUUCCCAUAUCUCACCGGCGCAACUGCCAGUUGGCUCCUUCUAGAAUACAACUCACAGCUGCGCUCAACUAAGUUAUUGAAUAACUUUUCCAGCCAUUUGAUCUCCUUAGUAUUCUCGAUUUGUGCGCGACCGGCUCCAUUUGGACGUGUCCAUACUGUGCGCAUGGCAACAUUCAUCUUAAUACUGCAACGCUGUGGCUAUUCAUUGGGUUUUUGUGGGAUGCUACUUGCCAUGGCGAAUAAACGUCUCAGUUGGUAUUGCCGCAUAUUGAACGCCAAUAUUUUUCAGAAAGCUACUCACUUUGCCUACGCUUUGUCGAUGUUGAACUCGUUACUCCUAAUUUUCGUUUACAUUUAUGGUGGAAAGCUGGCGUAUCAGGGAGCACUUGGAGUGAAUGUACUGUACAUCGGACUGGUGGUUGUUGUAUAUGUUUUAUCUGUUCCAGUGACGCUGUUCUUCGAAAUACCCUAUCGUAACAUUUCCAGUUUGUUGACCAAGCGAGGGCUAGAGAAAACGUCAUAAAAUAUUUACAUACAAACUUACAUAUUUAGUGGUACAUUGAAUUUUUAUAUUAUUAAAAUCCUAAAAAUAAAAAAAUA